UGGACCAGAAAACAUCCCGAAAAUUGGAAUUCAGAGGAAGUAUUAGAUUGGUUAAUCUAUACAGGACAGGAAAAGGGAUUAAAUAUGUCCGAACUUAGAGCUGAGGCCUUCCAGAAUAUUUGUGGAGCAGAAUUAUGUAGAUUGAGUAUGGACGAAUUCAGAAAUCUAGAACCAAAAUAUGGAAAAUCACUGUAUGAAAUGUUGCGAAACUUGUUAUCGGGAAAGUUGUCACCCUUCAAUAAUCCUUCCUCGUCUCCAGUCAGAAGUCAGUAUGGUAGUCCCACAUUCUAUACCAUGACCAAUAGAAAACAAGAAAGUCAGCAUUUCAAUAAUGCCAAAAAUCAACAUCUAUGGGAGUUUAUCUUCGAUUGUCUGGUGAAUCCUGCUUAUAAUCCUCAGUAUUUACGAUGGGAGAACCAAAGAGAUGGUGUUUUUAGAUUCGUCCAGUCGGAAGCUGUAGCUCAAUUAUGGGGUGGCUUCAAAAAUAAUGAAAACAUGACGUAUGAGAAAUUGAGUCGUGCAAUGAGACAUUAUUAUAAACGUGGUAUUUUAGAGCGAGUCGAAGGUAGACGUUUGGUGUAUAAAUUUUCUCGUAAAGCAAUGGACAGAGCACGUGAGAAACGUCACAUUACUUUAUGA